AUGUUCUCUGUCCUUAUGGAAUCACGCAAGGAGAACGAGGCAUGGAAAGAGGCCGACGUUGCUGAAGAUCGAAGUUUCCGGCCAACGCGUGCUCCUGGCAGCCGCAGGAAAGCACCGUUUUACAAGGUCCUUCAAGGCAUGCCUAUUGCAGUGGAUGCUUUCCGCUACGGCACGAUACCCAAUGUAACAGCUUAUUUUUUAACCCAUGCGCAUUCAGACCACUACACAAACCUAUCUUCGAGUUGGAAGAGUGGGCCAAUAUACUGUUCUGAGGGAACAGCGAACCUGAUUAUCCACAUGCUCUCCGUCGACCGCAAGUGGGUGCACCCACUGCCCAUGGACACACCCGUCGAGGUUCCCGACACGGGCGGUGUGACGGUGACGCUCAUCGAGGCGAACCACUGCCCUGGCUCGUGUCUCUUUCUCUUCGAGGGCCGGCAGACCGUCAACGCGGGCGACAGUGCGUUCAGGUCGCAUUUUGUCGGCACGCAGCGGGUGUUUAGAUACCUCCACUGUGGGGACUUUCGCGCGUCGCCGAGGCAUGUCAUGCAUCCAGCUGUCAAGGGGAAGCCGCUGGAUACAGUGUAUCUGGAUACGACGUACCUUGAUCCUAAGUAUACUUUUCCUCCACAGGCAAUGGUCAUAGACUCUUGCGCAGAGCUCGCAAAGAAGAUUGUUCAUGGAGAAGGAGCGAGCAACCGGCAUGGAGCGAAUCGCACGAUGAAUUCGUUCUUUACGUCCUCAACCAGCGAAGUCAAACGAGAGGCGGAAGAGACGCCUACAGGUCAGCGAACACUGGUUGUUGUUGGGACUUAUUCCAUUGGCAAGGAACGUAUUGUGAAAGCCAUUGCCAACGCACUCAACACCAAAGUCUACUGCGAUGCGCGCAAGGCAGCUAUCCUGCGAUGUCAGAACGAUCCCGAGCUCGACGCGCUCUUGACCAAAGAUCCUGUCCAGGGCGGCGUGCACCUCCUUCCGCUAGGCAUGAUCGUGUCGGACAAGCUCAAGCCGUACCUGCAACGGUUCAAGAGUACUUACUCACGUGUGCUAGGUUUCAGGCCUACUGGUUGGACAUAUACGCCUCCCUCUGGGAGCGAUAUGAGCCCGUCAAUACCUGCGAUCAUCUCGCGCGGACAAGCCAAGGUUUUCAAUUGUGCCGAUUUGCGCCCCAUGCAAAAGUCUUCCUUUGAGUUGCAGAUGUAUGGCGUGCCGUAUUCGGAGCACAGCUCGUUCUUCGAGCUGACGUGCUUCGCACUCUCAUGCGAUUGGCGCAAGAUGAUUGCCACCGUUAACGUGGGCAAGGAGACGUCGCGGGCCAAGAUGUCAAAGUGGGUCGAGAGAUGGGAAGCUGAGAAGAAGAAAUCUACUCGCGACAUGGUUCCAUGUAGGAUGCCUGAUUAUUGGUAA